CGUCUUUCCCAGAACGAACCGUCAUGGCGCCCAUAACUGAGUCUUCCCUCAACCAUUCGGGCUUCAACCUCGAUGCUUCAGGAGUAGCCGGUUUCUUCGGAGGAGAUGAGGCUAUCUCAGCUAUGGCUACCGUGCACCUCUUCAAGGGGCGACGGUGGCUAGGUUGGUACAACUCGCCUGGAAGUUACACCAUCGGCAAAUGCUACGGACGGCUCGCCAAUAAUCGCUGGUGGGAUGGUCUCUUUCCCGGUGCCAACGAUACGCCAGCACAGAUGUUCAAGUUGGAUGGGAGGAAGGGUCCACGGUACUUUGGCACCCGCUCUGGCACCAAGAUGAGGACAGGACAUCUCGGAUAUCUGUUUCUCGAAAAAUGCAAGGAAGAGAAAAUCCACUCCUACCACGGCGGCGACCAUACCACGACGCCGACUAACAUAUCCAUCGUCCACCUUGACGAAGACCCUCACAAUGACGUCCCCAUCAGACCCAUUGGCAAUGCGUUGCUUGGCCUUAUCCCCAUAUUCGUCAGCGGGCUUACAGCCCUCUUUUGCUUCCUCAGCGAAGAUGGGUGGGGCGGAGCCAUGAUUGUCCUCGGUAUGGUCGCAGGCGGGGUGUCCUGCUUCGUCAUCGGCUCCGGCGAGGUGAAGCUACACUACGUCAAGAAUCCUGCCCAGGGAGUACCCCCUGGCGACGGCCUCCUGAUCGGCGAUGGAUCAGACAUGGCGAUAGUGAAGGGAGCCGAAAAGGUCGUGAACGUGCUCACCAAGGGGCGGUUCGAGAUCGACAUCGGGGGUGGGCCAGAGUAUCGUGCCAUUGGGUUCUCGGCAAUGCUCCUCGUCGCACAGUUCCUCCUUCAGCUUCUCCUUAUCCCCCAAGCGUCGUUGUUCGGACAGAUUAUGUUCGUCAUCUCGCUCGCUGUCUCCUGGGGGUACACUUCCUUCCUCUCGUCUAUCGAGAAGGAGAAGAUCCAGAGCGAGAUUCUCUGGAAAGCGCUGCAUACGCCCAAGGUUCGCAAGUAUUCUCUCAAGUCCCGGUCGGCAGCAGCGACUUUCGUCGCCCUCGUGUUGUCCCCACCGAAGCCGGAGAAGGUCCUUAAGGAGUUCAUUCCGAACGACACCGCGGUGUGGAACAAGUGGAGAGACGUCGUUUCCGCCAAGAUCAAGGCCAACGAAGCGCUCAAGUUUUCCGACACCGAGUCUUGCGGAGUAAUCGAGGAGUUCGGCGACGAUGACGAAAGGACCCUCUAUAAGUCACUCUUGGCCAUCGCAGCAGAUGCUUAUCAGGGCUACUUACUAUACCAAGCAGAUGUAGAGCUGGAGAAGGCGCGUCGUCCACCGCAACCGAAGAGAAAGUCAACUUUAUGGUCCAUCCUCUCGUUCAACGCGCAUGACUCGAAAGAAGUAUCUGACCCUGAAAAAGCUGAUAUGACAUGAAACGUCUCAAUUACGAAAUAGUUUGCGAAGCGGAACGACAAUGCAUGUAUCAUACCACGACCUCUUGUACUAACACUAUACGUACAUGCUUAGAGUUAUGCAAUGUAACUCAGGGAAAUGACAUAAAUGUGGCCUAUCG